GGAAAAAUCUCACUGACAGAACAAAACCCUAUCUAAUAGAAGUUGAAAUUAAGUAUUGGCUAUUUCUGGUUGUUUGAGUAAGAAUUACGUUAAAAUCAUAAAUCUGUGAAUCGAUAAAAUGGCUUUUAGAGCAACUGCCAUGAUGGCUUUCCGAGCCACGGCUAUUAACCGAAGUGACAGCCUCAGCAAAUGGGCCUACAAUCUUUCGGGAUUCAAUAAAUAUGGUUUGUUACGGGAUGAUUGCUUGCAUGAAACUCCUGAUGUAACUGAAGCACUCCGCAGACUUCCAUCCCAUGUUGUAGACGAGAGAAACUUCCGUAUUGUACGUGCCAUACAGCUCUCCAUGCAAAAAACAAUCCUACCUAAAGAAGAGUGGACAAAAUAUGAAGAAGAUUCCCUAUACUUAACCCCAAUUGUUGAGCAAGUUGAGAAAGAGAGGCUGGAGAGAGAGCAGUGGGAGAAGGAAUAUUAAAUGAGACAUGGCAUAGUGGUAUUAUUUAAUUAAAAUAAAUAUAGCAGUUAA